UGGAUAUAAAAUGAACAAGACAGGAUAAUUUAGUUAACAUUAUUAAUGAUCAUUUAUUAUAUUCACAUGUUACGUACAUCAUGAUUCAAGAAGACACAAAACUAUAUUAUCUUUUAUAACCUCAAUGUCUUUAUCAUAAUAAUAAUUAUAAUAAAAUAAUAAUAAUAAUAAUACUGAUAAUAAUGAUAUGAACAAUACUCAUAUCAACUUACAAAUACAACAGUAGUAAUUAGUUAACACGUUCUGAUUGUAAUAGAAAUAUAAUUAAUAUCACUUACCUCGUUUGAAGCAGGUCGAUGUUCUAAGUUGUGGAUAUUUUCAGCAAUCUGAAUGGUUGAUCGUGGUUCGAUGCGUGAUAUUAUUGCAAACUCUAUUAGACUAUUCGAGACUCUAUUAAGCUCUAUUUGAACUCUUACAUUGUAUUGAUGGAUAAUGGAGUUUGAAGAAAAGUGUAGAUAGGAAAUUGAACGAUAGGUUUUAUAAAUAAUAAUUGUUUGUGAUAUGUAGAUUUUUAAUUGGUCUGGAUAUUUUUGUGUCCGAUUACGGGUGUUCGGCAUUUUGAGAUUUGAUAUGUUGCUGUGUUACUUGUGAUUGAUAGGAAUAAUGUUUUUAUAUCUCCUUGGUUCUUACUGCCCUGCUAUCGAUGCCAUUAGUUUUAAUUGUAUGCGGCUUUAUCUUUUCUUCGGCGGCUCGUAUUUUGAUGAAUAUGUAUUUCAGUGGCUUAACAUCUUUAUGGCCGAAGAGAAAUAAUAUUAUUUUAAAUUUUCGUAUUUCUUUAUCGUUUUGUUGUUGAUAGUAUAGUUUUUAAUUGUAUGUGGCGGCAUCUUCUUUGGUGGCUUUGUGUUUAGAUAGAUAUGUAUUUCGGUAGCUUGAUAUCCUAAUAUUACUUAUGAUCGAGGAGAAAUAAUAUUAUUUUGAAUCUUCGUAUUUUUUUAUCGUUCCAUUAUUUUUAAUUAUAUGCUGCGUUAUCUUUUCUUUGGCGGCUCGUGCUUAGAUGGAUAUGGGUUUCGGUAGUUUAAUUGUGGGAAGGUAAAUUAUUUUAUAUUUAAUUGAUAGCGCUUAUAUUUAUUACACCCCUAUAUGGUCAUCAUUAGUGUUGAUUCACAUUGUGUAUUUAUUUAUGUAUAAUGUAAAGAUAUAAUAUAUUACACCGCUAAGGAUAGUCUGUGGUCUCUGAUCAACACCCGUUGUCCACGAUGCAUUUGGGAUACUUCAUAUUUUUGUCUUUCUGUCGAUUUCGUUUUCCUGCUUUAUGUUUGUGUUUGGUUUGCACUAUUUAAAUGAUACUCUUGUGAUCUGGUAAUGUGGUGUUCUCUGGGAAAUGUAUGUUUUCACUGAUGUGGAUGUUUGGUUUGGUCCCAUAGAGUACUUGCUGUAGUAACGUGAAAAUGGACUGUGUGCGCAUUGUAUGUAUUUACUUCUUUUUUUAUUAAUUAUGUGUGACUCAUUAUCUUUAUAUAUUGCGUACACAGUUACACAUUCCAAAUUAUUACCUUCUAAUAUAUAUAUACGCUCACCUCCGUAAUUAUGUAUAUAUAUAUAUACAUUGAUUUAAUUAUAUGGUAAACUGUCUUACCCUAAUUUGACUGAAGAUCCGUUAGAUGUUCGGUGGAUGAAGGAAGAAGAGAUAGUAAACGUUUUUAUAGUCAAUUUCCUUAAGCAUAAUGUAUUUCUCGUCAAAAUGAAGUUAUUCGCUUUUCAUUAUCCGCCCAGCUUUAUUGGUUUUGAGUGUGGUUUUUGGGGUUUUAGGGGUGUGCUUUUUGUGCAUUUAUUUCAGGUGUUCCAAUUUUAAAUUCUUUUAUUUUUUGAAUCUUGUUGUAUUCUUCAGAACUAAAAUAAAAUAUAUUGUCACCUCGCUUUUUAGUGCUGACGAUUUUGUUAAUUGCUGCUUUAAAUUUGUUCUGCGUACUUUAAUCUGGGGCCACACGGACGCACUACGUACGCGCGUUGCGACGGACGUACUAUUUAACGCGCGCACUAGAGCGGGCACACGAGCGUCAAUAUGACGUCCGUUAAAAAUGUGUUAUCAUUGAUUUUGUAUCUUAUCUAGUAUUUACUUGUUUGUAAAGUUGUAAAGACGUAUUGCGUACUGUUUUCACAAAGUUUUUUUUUAAAUAUGGACUCAGACGAAGUUUUUUCCUUUAGUUCUUUAACCUAUUUAUACCUAAAACAAAAACGGACUAAAAGGGAACAUUGGGUUCAUCCAAUAAAUUGUGAACGAUAUACAAAUGGGCAUUACGUGAAGUUGUACUAUAAACUUCGAGAAGAUUCGUCAAAAUUUUUUAACUACUUCCGAAUGUCUGUAAGAUCAUUCGAUGAACUUUUACUGUGCAUAAAAAAUGAUAUUCAGCUACAAAAUACCAAUAUGCGAUUAGCUAUACAGCCCGAAGAAAUGUUGGUGAUAACUUUGAGAUACCUCGCUUCAGGGUGCAGUUUUAAAGAACUGCAUUAUAACUAUCGGAUUGGGAGAAGUACUGCAAGUGAAGUCGUCAGAAAAGUAUGCAAAAGUAUUUGGAACAGAUUAAAAGAAAUAUGCAUUCCCAUUCCUGAUCAGGGUGCUGUUGAUGGAAUGCAUAUCCGAAUCAUAAAACCGGAAAGAAGUGGUUCAUUAUAUAUGAAUUAUAAGCAUUACUUUUCCAUUGGACUGCUAGCUAUUGCCGACGCAAACUAUAAGUUCAUAUAUGUAGAUGUUGGAUCUUAUGGAAAAGAUUCAGAUUCAACUAUCUUUAAAAACUCGGCACUUUGGGAAAAUUUGAAAAAAAAUAAUUUGAAUAUACCAGCAUCAACAACAGUACCAGGAGUUGAUAUUUCAUUACCAUACGCGUUUGUUGGUGACGAAGCAUUUGGACUGGACAAGCACUUACUUUGACCCUACU